GUCCACGACCGAUGGCACUUGUGCCGUCAGCAGCGGCAUGCAAGAUGCAGUCUUUACGUGCCCCGACGCCCCCCCCCCGGCACCCCCCCAAACGACUCACCGCCUUUAAGCGUGGCCACAACCGUCUCGUAUCGGCAACGCAUUUGGCUACUGCUCUACGAACCGUCGUCUUCGCGACUUGCCUAUUACACGUCGAUGCUGUUACUGAGCGCGGUCUUUGUUGGCACACUCAUCUUUAUCCUGCAGACCGAACCCUCUCUCACAUGGCUCGCGCCGCAGCUCACGAUUCUCGAGCGCGGUUGCGUCUUUCUUUUCACGGCCGAGCUGGCGUUGCGGGUUGCUUGUGCACCCAACCUGUGGCACUUUUCCUGUGAUGUCUUCAACUGGGUCGACUUGAUGUCCAUCGUGCCAUUUUACUUGGAGCUCUCCCUCAACACGAAAAACACGUCGUCCGUUGGCGCGAUUCGUGUCAUGCGCUUGCUCCGCGUCGCCCGCGUGCUCAAGCUCUCUCGGUACACAACAUCGCUGCAGACGUUCAGCAAGGCAAUGACGCGAAGUGCCCAGCCACUCUUUAUGCUGCUCUUCCUUGUCGCCGUCACGAUGGUCGUCUUCUCGAGCGCCAUGUACUUUGCAGAGUACACGGAGAGCGGCUGCCGCCACUCCGUGUACUCGCCCAUGUGCUCGCCAAGCCAAGUGCCACCACCCCCCACACCAUGCUGCGACCCCAACCCGUUUUACAGCAUUGCCGCAUCGUUUUGGUGGUGCAUUGUGUCGAUGACCACGGUUGGGUACGGCGACAACGUGCCUGUGACGCCGGUCGGCAAGUUGAUUGCGUCCAUCACCAUGAUGUCGGGCCUCAUCAUUCUCGCGCUGCCAAUCAGCGUGAUUGGCUCCAACUUUCAGCACGUUAUGAAAGAGACGGUGCUUCUUGCGGCGAGUGCGAAGACCGACGUUGCGAUUGGUUCCGACGCAGUGCACAAAGACGAGAUUCGUCGCGUGCUACAGAGCUUUCACGUUCUCGACGCUGCGGUCGAGGUGGACCCAGAGGAGAUUGUCGGCUUGUACGACACCCGCGCAAGUGGCAUCCUCGACACUGACGGGCUGAAACGGCUCAAGGACGAUCUUGGCGAAAUUCACGGAACACUGGCCGUCCACGACGUGCAAAUCGCGUGCAGCGGCGAGGCGCGGGCGCGGCGGCUCACCCAAGCUGGGUCGCUCGCCAACCUUGAGGGCCCCGCCGACGACACGAUCUCGAUCAUUGAAGAAGUUGUUGAAACACGGCUGCUCGAGUCGGAAGUGCGCCUCGAAGCCAAGCUCGACCGCGUCCUUGCGCUGCUUUUUGCACUCGAACAAAAAUUAGAGCGACUUCACGCAUAA